AUGCGCCACCAACCCCCACGCCCACCCACCAGGCCCACGAGCCACUGCCGCAGCCCCCUAACUGACACGGCACACCGCGGGACCCCACGGCCCACUAAGCCCAGGGCAGGGCAGGAUCCCCACCCGGAGCAGUUCUGCUUUAACCACGGCUUUUUUAUCCUUACCUUCCAGGUAAGCGAUGAACAAGAAAUCUCUUUAAUUUCCACACAAAAACCCAGAGAGGAAGCAAGAUUUUCCAUGAUAUCUGCCUGCUUCAAUUUUGUCAAUUCUAUCAUUGGAUCUGGUGUUAUAGGUUUACCGUAUGCAUUAAAUGAAGCAGGGCUCCCUUGUGGUCUUUUGCUCCUGAUCUUUGUGGCAUAUAUCACAGACUAUACAAUCAUCUUACUCAUCAAAGGAGGCAAUCUGUCAGGGGCCAACAGCUAUCAGGCGCUAGUCCAAAACACCUUUGGAUUUCCAGGAUUACUCAUUUUAUCAGCACUGCAGUUCCUCUAUCCGUUCAUUGCUAUGAUCAGCUACAACAUUACAACAGGUGACACACUGACCAAAGUGUUUCAGAGAAUUCCUGGAGUUGGACCAGAUCACAUAGUUGCCAACCGCCAUUUUGUCAUCGUGAUAUCUACAGUCUUAUGCACGUUGCCUCUCUCACUUUAUCGAAAUAUAGAGAAACUUGGCAAGGUUUCAGUCAUGUCAAUAGUACUGACUGUUGUCAUUCUUGUUAUUGUAAUCAUCAGAGCAGCAACUUUAGGACCUGAAAUUUCCCCGACGGAGGACGCUUGGCUUUUUGCAAAGUGGAAUGCGGCUCAGGCAGUCGGUGUCAUGUCUUUUGCCUUUAUUUGCCACCACAACAGCUUUCUGAUCUACGGCUCUCUGGAGCAACCCACACUCACCAACUGGACGCGGGUCACUCACAUCUCUGUUGGCUCAGCGCUAAUAAUCAGCGCCGUGUUUGCGUUGGCAGGCUAUGUCACCUUUACGGGAUACACUCAAGGAGACAUAUUUGAGAAUUACUGCAAAGAUGAUAAUUUGGCAACAUUUGCUCGCUUCUGUUUUGGCCUCAGCAUCAUAACAACUUUUCCACUAGAGUGUUUUGUCACUCGAGAGGUGAUUUCGAAUUCCAUUUGCGGUCGGGAACUUUCCAAACUGGAGCACAUGUUUAUAACUACGAUCAUAGUUGGAGUUUGUACAGCGAUAUCCUUGGCUUAUGACUGUCUGGGAAUUGUUUUGGAGUUGAAUGGUGUUCUGAGCGCCACCCCUCUUAUAUUCAUCCUCCCAGCUGCAUGCUUCCUCAAACUCUCCUCCGGACGCUGGUACCACCGUGAAAACUUGAUGCCCACCUUCUUGAUUGUCCUCGGAGUGUUGGUCAUGAUCACUGGCUUGACCAUGACAGGCCUCAACCCUCAAGACUGCUCACAUGGAAUGGAGUUGUUCUACUGUGCGGAUGCCAAUGUUUCUACUACUGCACCACCUGUAUGA